AUGAAUGUGGUGAAAUUCAUAAUCAUUGGUAUCGGCCUUCCUUUGACCCUUGUGGCCAUCUAUGCUCUUUAUUCUAUGGUGAGAAGUGAUCAUGUUGCUCCCAUCUACGUCAUCAACCUUCUCAUUACCGACCUGAUUCAGCUCUGCUGCAUGAUCGUUGAGGUGGUACCAAAUGUGGAUAAGAAGAUAUGUGACAUCUUCACUAAUAUUUAUCAAUUUGGUCGGUUUGGCAGUGUUAACUUCAUGGUCUGCGUCGCCCUGGAAAGGUAUUUGGUCAUCGCCCACCCACUGUGGUACCGCUUCAGACGAACCAUCAAGAGCUCUGUGGCGAUCUGUGUCCUGGUCUGGGUCCUUUCUCUUCUUUGUGUCGUCCUUUACUAUGUCUUUGCUGGUAAUGGGGUUGCAAACAAAAUCUCGGCCGUCUUCCUCCUCCUUCCCUUCCCACUGUUAAUCUUCUUCCUGGUUGGGACCCUCAAAGCCCUGUCUGCUUCCAUCUCGGUCCCCUCUGAUGAAAAACGAAGAAUUGUGGGAGUUUUGGUUCUGGUGCUGCUUAUUUACACGCUGCUGUUCCUGCCCAGAAUCAUUCGGUACCUGGAAGUAGACUCUAAUACGACCCUUAACUACCUGUCCCACAUGUUUGUUAGGUUGAAUCCUCUUGCAGACUUGUUCCUGUAUGUCUUCAUGAGGAAAGGGACCAUAGACAAGCUUUUGGCCUCUGGGUGUUGCUGCAGAAUGGACAGCAAUGAUAUCAGCAGUCCAUCAGUAUGAAUGAUGACAACAUUUCCACAGUCAGCUUCAUGUAGGCAG